AUGGCCACCGGCGGCGGCGCGGAGGAGGAGAGGAAGCGGGGGCGGCCGCAGCUCCUGCCCCCCGCGCGGCCUGGCGUGGCUGAGGACGCGGCCGAGCGGCCCGCUCAGGACGAGCAGGCAGUGGCGACGGGCCCCGCGGCGGGCCCGGGCAAGGGCCGCUUCCUGGUGCGCAUCUGUUUCCAGGGAGACGAGGGCGCCUGCCCGACCCGGGACUUCGUUGUGGGCGCGCUCAUCCUGCGUUCCAUCGGCAUGGACCCGAGCGACAUCUACGCGGUCAUCCAGAUCCCAGGCAGCCGCGAGUUCGACGUGAGCUUCCGCUCGGCGGAGAAGCUGGCCCUGUUCCUACGCGUCUACGAGGAGAAGCGCGAGCAGGAGGACUGCUGGGAGAACUUUGUGGUGCUGGGGCGGAGCAAGUCCAGCUUGAAGACGCUCUUCAUCCUCUUCCGGAACGAGACGGUGGACGUGGAGGACAUCGUGACCUGGCUCAAGCGCCACUGCGAUGUGCUGGCAGUGCCCGUGAAAGUGACCGACAGGUUUGGGAUCUGGACCGGGGAGUACAAGUGUGAGAUCGAGCUGCGCCAGGGGGAGGGCGGGGUCAGGCACCUGCCGGGGGCCUUCUUCCUGGGGGCCGAGAGGGGCUACAGCUGGUACAAGGGGCAGCCCAAGACGUGCUUUAAAUGUGGUUCCCGGACCCACAUGAGCGGCAGCUGCACGCAGGACAGGUGCUUCAGGUGCGGGGAGGAGGGUCACCUGAGCCCUUAUUGCCGGAAGGGUAUCGUGUGUAACCUCUGUGGCAAGCGAGGACACGCCUUUGCCCAGUGUCCCAAAGCAGUUCACAAUUCCGUGGCAGCUCAGCUAACCGGGAUGGCUGGGCACUGAACACCCACCUGCCUGCCAGGGUGAACACAGAGCCAGCUUACCCCUCUUAAGUGCCAAAACUUUUUUUUAAACCUACAAGAGACAUCUCUCUCUGCCUUCUUAAACCGAGUUUACUCCAUUUCAGCCUUUUCUGAAUUGGUGACUCUGUCAUCAGUAACCACCGAGAACUGUAGCGUGCAGAUGUGUCGCCUCUCCCUUUUUAAAAUUUUGUUUUCGUUUUUGUAUCUGGGUUGGUUUUUGUUUUUGUUUUUGUGUGUGGUUUUUGUGUGGGGUUUUUUGUACUUUUUAUUCCCCACGCCUUGUCUUCUCCCGGGAUUUUCAUCCAUUGGGCUGCCUUGCUCAUCUUUAUGCCCCAGCACUAGGUGCGGGGCCCACCACGUGGUAGGCACUCCAUCAGUAGUUUGUUGAGAACAUUGUUGACUGUGGCUUGCUUCUGUCAGGGUGUCUACUUUUUGCAGCUCUUACCCUCCCCGUUUAAUUUGCUGCUUCUAAUCUAUGUGGUCUGAGAAUUUGUGAAACCAGUGUUGUUAGAAGUGUAUGUAAUCUGAGUCAGUAAGCUCUGAAUGGUGGCCAAGGGCCUCUCUUAUGGCAUUAAAAUGCAUGGACUUUGGGACAGCUGUUCAGUGGCUCAGAAGCCAUUUUUCACAGAAUCAUGGAAUUUGGAAUUUUCUUGCUGGAAAGGACCUAAAAAUUGGUUUAGACCAAUCCCAUGGAUUUCCAGCAGAUGAAACAGGCCCAGAGAGGUUAAAUGACUGGGUCAAAAUCACAUAGCUGUCUGGUGCCAGAGCUAGCCUAGAGUAGAGUUCCCUGACCCCAAGCCCGGUGCUCAUUCCACUACCUCUCACACUUCACAACAUUUUCCUCAACACUUGAGGGCCCAGAAAGUCUGAUCUCUCCAGAAUGAUGAGCCCAGAGGAAUGCUAAGAAAUCGUCUCCGGGAGGAAGCAGAAAGGGAUUUAGCAGGGGCUUCUGAAUACUUGGGAGAUAGAGAAGGGCCAAAGGAACACAAUCUAGGGUGUACUCAGUGCUCCCUGGGGUAUCAUAUCUGGAUUAAAGUGCCAAGUCCUUUGGGGCCUUAGCCUUCAUCAUUCACUGCCACCACUUAGAAAUGGGGGUGUUCCUAAAUAAGGAAACCUACCAGAGGUUUACGUUUGCACCUUAGCCCCAAUAGCUAGAAACCCCAGAGAAGCCUCUGACUGGAGCUCAUCUACAACUUCCUGACUCACAGGAGAAAGGUGAUUUUAACCUGGAAUCAUAAGUAAGCUGUUAACUCUAAAAUUUGCUUGCAAAAUAGGUCAAGCAAGGGGGCAUUGGGUCAACUAAGUGUUACCGAGUUAAAGUAGAAAAGACAGUAAGCUGCUUUUCUUUUAGUUUUUGUUUUUCCUUUGCAUUAUGUUUUGCUAUUUCCUUGUGGCUUAGAAUGUAAAAUCGAUUGUUAAAAGUUUUGUUCUGAAUAAAUAUUUAUCUUUUGUAUUGCUAA